UUCGUAUAUACGUGUUUGUAACAGAUUUCGGAUGUGGGAUUAUUUGAAAACCUUAGUCCUUUUCUGCACCAUGCCAGCUAUUUGUGAAGUUGGAGCAUUGUGUACACCAAGAACAGACCAUAAUGAUGGACAAGAAAGUGCCACGUCGAACGGUUUGGAGGUCGAAGAAUUUCAAAGAAUUAAGGUUGAAGCAUGGGAAAAUAUUUUGACGGAAGAAAUGGUUCAAAAGAUGAUAUCAGAACUAGGGGACGGCUUUGUAGAUGAAUUAAAAGAUCCACUAGAACUACAAAAGGUGAAAGAAGAGGCUAAAACCGUGGUUAGAUACUGGCUACGACAGCGAGAAGGGGUUCCCUUUUUGCAAUUACAAGAUUUGUUCAUUGAUUGCAAAGAGGCGCAGUACAACAUUAAGAAACAAGAGUAAUUGAAUGAAUGUUUGAUAUUCGUAAUUGCAGUGAAUAUAGUCAGAAUAGACGUUCUGUUUCUUGCACUUAGUAUUUUCAAAAAGUUUAUUCAUUCCCGAGUUCAGGUUAAGGAAAUGUCUGAAAGGCAAAUAUCAAUUAUACAAAAACAAUCACUUUUUUGUACAGAUUUUGCUUAUAAUCAAUGCAAUAAGCAUUAUUUUAUAUGAUGAUAUAGAAAUCUCAUACUCAUGUCAGUGAAUUAAAAUAUAACGUGAAUGACAUGGACGUUAUCAGAUAUGUGCAUCUGUCGAACGCAAUACUCAAUGCUAAAAAGCUUCUGUUACUUCGGUUGUUAUUGUAGGGUUGCUCAUUAAAAAUUUAAGAAUAAAUAGUAUUGAGACACACUGUACGUUUGCGAUAUUGUGAAUCAAGAAAACUUUGAACCUCCAGAAUAGAAAAAACAGUAUGAGACAAGAAUGUUUUAUGCGUCCCACAGACAAUACUAUAUGGUAAUUGGAUUGAAGUCAACGUUACGUUCUCAACUGUCUAUUUAAGCGCCACACAAAACCUUUGAAUAUUUUUUAAAUGACGUUUGUGAUCAAAAUUCGGCAUUUUUGGCGAUUAUUUAAUUUUUUGAUAAUGUACGAUACACUAUUCCUGUCAUGUAUUUUGACAAUAGUGAUUAAAUUUAUUUGAUUAUC